CAGCGCGCAGUGAUAUCCGUUCAUUCGCUGUUUCUCUGCGCUGCAGUCAACGUCGUAAAGAAAACAGAGAGCCUUGGAUUUGGUGUUCUGAUGAAACAUGGAGGAGAAGGAAGACGCGGUCGUGGCGGUUAAACGGAGCAGCUCGGAGCAGAGGAAGCUGCGCUCCCGCGAUGCGGCCAGAUGUCGGCGCAGUCAGGAGACGGAGGUGUUCUACGAGCUGGCCCGGACGCUGCCGCUGCCGCGCCGGGUCUGCACCCACCUGGACAAAGCCGGCAUCAUGAGGGUGACCCUCAGCUUCCUGCGAAUGCAGCAGCUCCUGCGACCCGAAGAAAGCGUGAAAGAGGAGGAGGAGGAGGAGGAGGAGGAGGACGAAGAUCCGAUGGACGCCUUCUUUCCUCAGGCGCUGGCCGGCUUCAUCAUGGUGAUUACCGAGGAGGGGGACAUGGUCUUCCUGACGGAAAACGUCAACAAGCACAUCGGCAUCACGCAGCUGGAGCUGCUGGGUCAGAGCAUUUACGACUUCGUUCAUCCCUGUGAUCAGGAGGAGCUGCGGGAUCUCCUGACGCCACGUCCAGGUCUGAGUAAGAAACUGAUGGCAGAACAGCCGAGCGAAAGGAACUUCUUCCUGAGAAUGAAGAGCACCCUGACCACCAGGGGGCGCACCGUCAACAUUAAAUCUGCUACCUGGAAGGUGCUCCACUGCACAGGCCACAUCCGUCCGUUUGGCGGCAGCUCGGCGUCGCCCCCUGCAGGCAGAGUGAUGACUCUGCUGUGCGAGCCCAUCCCUCACCCGUCCAGCGUGGAGUUCCCCCUGGACACCUGCACCUUCCUGACGCGCCACACCAUGGACCUGCGUUUCACUCACUGCGAGGGCAGGGUCACGGAGCUGGUGGGAUACAAACCGGACGACCUGAUUGGACGCUCGGCCUACGAGUUUUAUCACACGCUCGACUGCGAUCGCAUCAAGAAGAGUCUGCACACACUGCUCUCCAAAGGUCAGGUGAACACCAGCCGCUACCGCUUCCUGGCCAACGGCGGCGGCUUCGUGUGGGCGGAGACUCAGGCCACCGUCCUCUACAACAACAAGACGUCUCAGCCGGAGGCCGUCGUCUGCCUCAACUUCAUCCUCAGCGCCGUGGAGCAGCCAGACGUCGUGUUCUCCGUCGAGCAGACCCGCUGCGGCGUCCUGCCCAAAACCGAACCCCAGUCCCCGGACCGCGCCGCCGAGGACAGCGGGAUAUCCGACACCUGCGAGUCGGACGCGGAGCCCGCCGGCGAGGACUCCGGCAGCUCGGUGAAGCUCUUCCUGAAACUGAAGGAGAGGCCAGAGGAGCUGCUGCAGCUGGACCCGGAGGCAGGAGACGCCACGGCGCCGCUGGCAGGAGGUCCGGUCGAGCUGUCGUUCGCCAGUCCUCCCGGUCCAGACGUGGUUCCGGACCAUCCCAAAGAUCUGUGCAGCCCGCAGCUCAGGCAGCUGCUGUCGCCCAUCUUCGACGGCCUGAAUCCGUCCUCGUCCCCCGCCGCCUCUUCUGAGCCGGACCUGAGCGCCUGCGAGGACGAGGUGAUGGACACCAGCGGGGUGGAGAAGUUCUUCACCGUCUGCCCGGAGGAGACUCAGAGGAAGAAACACGCCGUGGAGGACAUCGAAGGCAAGGAGCUGGAGAUGUACGCGCCGUAUAUCUCCAUGGACGACGACUUCCAGCUGACCUUCCUCAGCGAUUUGCCCGAGGAAGCCGACAAACCCUCGCCGCUGAUGUUUGAUGGCGCCCGUGUGCUUCCAGCGGUGGCCGUCAGCAGGAAGAGGACUCACGACUCGGACAGAGAGGCGUCGCCUCAGCUGCUGCUUCAGGACAAGAGGCAGAAGCAAGAGCCGUCCUCCAUAGAGGAGGACCUCCUCCUUAGCCACAGGCUGCUGGGUUCCCUGGAAGACAGCGACCAGCCGGACCUGAUUCUGGUCUCGGGUCGCAGUCAGCUGCUCACAGACCGGGACCCGGUGUUGGGAGGCGUGUCAGAACUGUGCGACACGGCAGCUCUGAUGAGGGACAUCUUCAUCCCUCGCCCGGCUGACCUGUCGCCGCCGCUGUCGCCGCUGACCUGAAGCGGCUCCGGCGUCGGCCCGGCCUCCGCUAACCAGAGCGCGAGGGGUCACCGCCGAGCCCGUCUGCAACAAAAACAACAGCAACAACAGCACAGCAACUUAAGCGCACACAUCUGAACAAACCACAAACCUGUACGCACAAAAGAUCCUCGCCUCGCACGUGCUGCGUUAACCAUGCUGUAGGGGUGGAGCCGCCCUCGCCGCUUCUAGCAGAAGCGUGACGCUCCAGAACGUUGGGUUUUCUCGCCACGCUGUGAACCUGUGAGCCGCCGAGGCGCCGCCCGCCACCGAUGAAAUGAGAGAAACGGCAGGUGAUGCCACCUGUGGAGCGAAGGUGGGGCGGCGGGCGGGCGGGGGGGGGGGGGCGCAUUCUGGAACAUAUUUCUCAGUGCAGCUAAAUCUAAUGUAUCACGUUUUUAAUUGUUUCUGUUGUUUUAAAGAUAAACUUCGCAAAAAAAAAAAAAAAUGUUUCUUUAAUGAAACAUCUUCACAAUAAUCUCUCUCUCGUUUUAUUUUCCUAAUUACACCAAAAACCUGUUUAAAAAAAAAAAAAGAAGCGAAUAUCAGUGGCAAUCCUGAUCUCAGUGGCAUGUUUUUAUGACUUUUUAUACUUAUUUUUUUUUUUUUAAAACAAUGCAUUAACUGUAGUUUGAGUUUAUUUUCCGUGUCAAAUAUAAAUCCUGGGUCACCGGCCGUAAAAAAUCACUCUGGUGGCGUUUGAUUAGAUCUUCCUGACGUGCCAGGCGGGCGGGGUUCACCCCACACUCCCUAUAAGCUAAUGCGAAGCGAUCAAUCACAGAAAAGUUUUAGUAAUUGACUCCCAGACUUCCCAGUGACUGAACCGCCUCCUCAGAGGAGCGUCCGGCUGGAAAACCAUGCAGAUUUCCUCCAGUGUUUAAUGGAAAUUAUGUAUUUUACUAACCCGCUUUACUGAAGCCAUUAUUAGCCCAGCAAAAGUAGUCUUAGCGUGUUUAUGCUUGUUAGAAAUGUGAUUAAAACACUAGAUUUCUUUUCUUUUUAAGUCUGAAUUUUACGACUCGUAACGAAUUAUACCUCAAAUCGCUGAACUGAAAGUCGGCUGGAGCCUCAGCCGCAGCGUGUUUUGAUGAAAAAUAACGCCAUAAAUCGAUGUGAACCGUUCAACGUGUCAGAGUGCAAGCAAACCAAACUUUGAAUAAAAACUGCCAGGUUGUUUCUUACACAGAGCUCUGUGCCUUCUCCUCAUGCAGUAAAAACCUUCAUUGAACUAAUUUAGACUGUUACCUUCAGGCUGAUUCUGCUCUACACUUCUUCUUCUUUGCAGAGGGAGCGGGUUAAAUAAUGUUUUAUUGUAUCUCUACUACUGUUUAUCCAACAUGUACUCUUGGAAGUAAAUAAAGCUGUUUAAAACAAAA